UUUGAAACGAAGUCCAAAAUGGCCUUCAAAUUCAUAAUCUGCACAUCAGCUUUCUUAGUCCAGUCCAUUAUCGCCCAGUCACCUAGCUGCGCCUGCCGCUCUAUCACAAUAUCUGAAAACGUUGGCCCUCUUGCGAUAACCAGCAUCGGCCCCAUCGCGCCCUCCGGCAUCGCCGUCGCCACAGACUUAGGCCUCGCUGGGGACCUGGACCUGUCCGGCGCGCUCCCGUACCUGAGCGCGGUGGCAUUCGAGGGCCAGUUCAACACCAACGGCAAGGCGCCUGUGUCGUACGGCUGCGGGGACUGCGUCGCCAUCACGCAGGAGCUCCGGAACCCGAGUAGCGUGAACGCUGGCCUCUCGUCUGGCUAUAGCACUGGUACAAUUAACACCUGUGGCAGACGUUCUUAAGACAAAAUCCCAGUUUAAUUUAUUAAUAAAUAAUUAG